AUGCAUGCAAUGGGUAUCGUUGAAGGAGAAUGCGAAGUGUACUGGAAACAAGGAGGCAGAUGGGCCGGCCAGCUGAAAGAUAUAACAAAAGAAGCAACAUUACUUCAGGAAAGGAAAAAUUUGAUAGUAAACCUCCUGCACUACUUGUUCAUGGCAGAGAGAUUCCGACUCGGGAACCGGCAUACCAGAGAAGCUACAUACACAUCACAGCUAUAUGAUCUGGACGUUGGAAACCCGUCAGGGAACAUCCUUGAGGUGACUGUCCAAGGAGCAGUUAUGAAUCCUUCAAAACCAUCAAGUAGGAUCAAAAGCGCCCUGCAGGUGAGGAACUCCAUGGAAGCGGCUCAAUAUAGACUGAAGAAUGAGAUUCAAUUGAGUACAAAUAGUGAGGAAUUCGGUGAAAGCACCAUUACCAUUACGAGGAGGAACAAGAUAAAAAGGGCUGUAAUAGUUUGCAGGACAAUUGCAGGGAGCAUGGUUAAUAUGACAGACAUGGAAACUGAAGAGUCUGAUUCAACUGGAAACCCCUGUGCUGAGCUUCCCUGUUUUGUCAUAGCCUACACCUGA